AAAUGGUCUGGAAUUGGUGAAUUGCACAUUUAAUUCGCAUUUCAUUUCGAGUUUUGAAACUUUUAAUUAUAUAUAUUUGUCUGUUUCGUUCUUCAUUUUUGUUUAAUUCUUUCCAUUUCUGAAUACAACGUGAGGCUGAGAACCCCCAACACCACGGGAAAUCUCCUAUUGUAACUAAGAAGAUGGCUGAUGGUGAGGAUAUUCAACCCCUUGUUUGCGAUAAUGGAACGGGAAUGGUUAAGGCUGGAUUUGCUGGGGAUGAUGCUCCAAGGGCAGUGUUUCCCAGCAUCGUCGGCCGCCCUCGUCAUACCGGAGUGAUGGUCGGAAUGGGACAGAAAGAUGCAUAUGUUGGGGAUGAGGCUCAAUCGAAGCGAGGUAUUUUAACUUUGAAGUACCCGAUCGAGCAUGGCAUUGUCAACAAUUGGGAUGACAUGGAGAAAAUCUGGCAUCAUACGUUUUACAAUGAGCUUCGUGUCGCCCCGGAGGAGCAUCCGGUCCUUCUUACCGAAGCCCCUCUUAAUCCAAAGGCUAACCGUGAGAAGAUGACCCAAAUCAUGUUUGAAACCUUCAAUGCCCCUGCUAUGUAUGUUGCCAUUCAGGCUGUUCUUUCCCUUUAUGCUAGUGGUCGAACUACUGGGAUUGUGCUUGAUUCUGGAGAUGGUGUCAGCCACACAGUUCCUAUUUAUGAGGGAUAUGCUCUUCCACAUGCGAUCUUGCGUCUUGAUCUUGCUGGCCGUGACCUCACCGAUGCCCUGAUGAAGAUUUUAACCGAACGUGGUUACUCGUUCACCACCACUGCUGAACGGGAAAUCGUGAGAGACGUGAAGGAAAAGUUGGCCUACAUUGCCCUUGACUUUGAGCAGGAACUGGAAACUGCCAAGACCAGUUCUUCUGUCGAGAAGAGCUAUGAGUUGCCUGAUGGUCAGGUGAUCACCAUCGGGUCUGAGCGAUUCCGAUGCCCUGAAGUCCUUUUCCAGCCAUCUAUGAUCGGAAUGGAAGCUGCCGGCAUCCAUGAAACAACUUACAACUCCAUAAUGAAGUGUGACGUCGAUAUCAGAAAGGAUUUGUAUGGAAACAUUGUGCUCAGUGGUGGAACCACCAUGUUUCCCGGCAUCGCUGAUAGAAUGAGCAAAGAGAUCACAGCGUUGGCUCCUAGCAGCAUGAAGAUUAAGGUUGUUGCACCACCUGAGAGGAAGUACAGUGUGUGGAUCGGGGGCUCCAUAUUGGCAUCCCUCAGCACUUUCCAACAGAUGUGGAUUGCGAAAGCCGAGUACGACGAAUCUGGACCUUCGAUUGUGCACAGGAAAUGCUUUUGAGCGCAAGCAAGGGAAAGACAGGCUUAGCCUUGACAACUGCUUUCUUUUAGGAAGUAAUUGCUUCUUAAAUUGUCAUUAUCUGGUUUCAUUUUCUGUUUUGUUUGGACAAUAACCUUUGAAUCUCAGAAAUAUUCUG